GAGUCACAUUAAUUAAAUUGAAUGCGAUUUAAAGCACACUUGAAUGGGUUGGAUAUAGAUAUAGAUGUAACAAUGUUGUUGGAUGUGUGUUUUAAGACGGGUGGGUCGUAUUCAGUAUUGGUAAUGGCACCUAAUGGAUUAUUUGCCUUUGGCUGCGGGUAACCGGGUACAUUAACCACUACUCUGCGCGCACGCCAUUCAAAAGUGUCGCGGCUGCAAAACGUGCAACAUCGUGCAAAAUUUAUUUAUUAUAUUUUCAUCAUUUUUAUUAUAACACAAUUUAAUUUUGCACGUGAUAAUAAUGUGAGCAAGAAUCAAAAUUCAAAGAAAAAUAAAUUAAAUUAUUUUUUAAUUGAAGAAAAAAAAUCAACACCAGGAUUAAUAAAAGGAUUAUUUUUGCAUCAAGUUAUUAUUUUUGAGUUUCUAUGCCGUCUGUUUCGUUUGCGGAUUUAGACAAAGCAAAUAUGAGUUACCAUCACGAAAUGUCCUCUUCCUACGAUUAUGUACGCCGCGCAUCCGACGAUCUCAACCGAUAUAAACUCUCAGAUCUAAUCGAAAUGGACGAAUUCGAAGAGGAUUUCUUUGGAAAUCGCCUGCACAAUUACUCGUCCACGCUGCCGAAAACGCUGAAGACGUUCAACUCGUCCUUUGACAAUGCGUACAAUACUUUUAAGAAUUACAAAUCGCCAUUUGAAAAUCGGACAUGUUUUAUUCGGGACCUCUUUGAAGAUGUAGACUUUUUCGGCAAUCCGAUUAUCAGCUAUCCGCCGAGGCGUUCUAGUUUACGCAGGGAUCAUAGUCCAGAUUAUUUCAAGGACGAUCCUUUCAAGGAUUACACGAGUAGCAGUUACAGCAGCUACAGCAAACCCCCCAAGGGCUUUUCACGCGAACGCUCCAACUCCAGGGAGAGAUCACGUGAGCGCUCUCCAUCUUUACGACGCACGUCUCUGGGUAGCACGGGCUUUUCAUCCUCAAUGGACGCCCUUUGGGACUUACAUCCGCGCGCCGGCUAA